UUUUUUUUUUUUUAUUUUUUUUCAAAUAACAUUGGUAUGAAAGGAAAUAUGCCAGUUACUGAAAGAAAACCAGUUAGAGUAUGGGUAGAUGGCUGCUUUGACAUGAUGCAUUAUGGACAUGCUAAUGCCCUAAGACAAGCAAAGGAGAUGGGUGAUAUUCUAGUUGUAGGUGUUCAUUCAGAUGUAGAAAUUGAAAAAAAUAAAGGACCGACUGUCAUGAAUGAGGAGGAGCGAUAUGCUGCAGUAGCAGCCUGUAAAUGGGCUGAUGAGGUUGUUCCUAAUGCACCUUACAAUACUACAGUUGAAAUUCUUAAGGAACAUAAUAUUGAUUUUUGUGUUCAUGGUGAUGAUAUCACAACUAUGGCGGAUGGUACAGAUUGUUAUCAAGCAGUGAAAGAUGCAGGACUCUAUCGUGAAUGUAAACGUACUCAAGGUGUCUCUACUACAGAACUCGUGGGUCGUAUGUUGCUCAUGACUCGUGAUCAUCAUAAUCGUAGACCUUCUUCUUCUACAACAACAGCAGCAGCAGCAGCUGAGCCCAUCAUUUCUACCUUUGAUACAAGUGAACUUGCACCAUUUAGUGCCAAUGGUUCCAAAGUGGCUACUGUAUCUCAUUUCCUGCCUACCUCUCGUCGUAUUGUUCAGUUCUCAGAGGGUCGUGAACCUAAAGCUAAAGAUAAAGUGGUGUAUGUAGAUGGUACAUUUGAUUUGUUCCACGUUGGACAUAUCGAAUUCUUGAAACGAGCCAAAGCCUUAGGAGAUUUCUUAAUUGUUGGCAUUCAUGACGAUCAAACGGUCAAUGCCAUCAAGGGAUUCAAUUACCCUUUAAUGAAUUUACAUGAACGUGCUCUUAGUGUUUUAGCAUGUCGUUAUGUGGACGAAGUUAUUAUUGGUGCACCUUAUAGUGUUACAAAAGAAAUACUACAUGGAGAAUAUAAUGUGUCCGUUGUAGCACAUGGUCAUAGUCAUUUAGAACAAGAUAUGGAUGGCAAAGAUCCUUAUCAAUUACCUAAAAAGCUUGGUAUUUAUGUUGAAAUUGAUACGCCUCAAUCUACUAUUACAACAGAGGGCAUCAUUCAACGUAUCAUUGAAAACCGUAACAAGUUUGAAGAAAGACAAAAGAGAAAGACUGCAAAAGCAAUUUUAGAGCAUCAAAAGGAAAUAGAAGAAAAGAAGUUGGUUAAUAAUAAAUAAAUAAAUAAAUACCCCCUUUGUUGUGUUUUAAUAUGU